AUGAUAGACGCUGGAAGUGUCGAUGGAGCCUCUGCGAACGAUUCCGCUGAAGUCUACCCGCAACCGCACGCUGGUCUCAGCGAUGCAGGUGUUGGACACAGUCGAGUACCCGGCCUGGAGCGUUGCACGUCGCCACCAGGGCAGACAGCAAAACCGAUAAACUGCUUGGUUGUUGGUAUGGCUGGGAGCGGUAAGUCGUCCCUGGUUUCGCGGUUGGUCUCGCACGCGAAUGAAAAGCAGUGGGCCUGGAAAGCGAUCAAUCUCGACCCAGCUGUGCAGACGCUGUCGUUCCCAGCUGAUCUGGAUAUCCGCGACACUGUGUCGUACUCGCGUGUCAUGGAAGAGUACAGGCUCGGUCCGAAUGGUGCAAUUCUGACGGCGUUGAACCUUUUUGCAGCCCAGUUUGAGCGUGUACUCGAUUUUAUAGAGAGUGCUUGUGGUCCAAGUCGCGAAAAUGCAACCGCGAAUGAAAGCGACCAGGUGCUCGCGAGCUCGACGGCGCCACGUUUCAUCUUCUUCGACACACCUGGGCAGAUUGAAGCGUUUACCUGGUCUGCGUCAGGUAUGAUUGUGACGGAAACGCUGGCAGCGGUUGCCGAGUACCCCACUGUAUUGCUGUAUGUAGUGGACAUUCCGCGCUGUGUUCGGAACGUGCUCACAUUUACGAGUAAUAUGCUCUACGCCUGUUCGAUGUUGUACAGAUCACGAAUUCCUCUCCUUGUUUUGUGGAACAAGUGUGACUGUGUCUCCAGGGAGGAGGCAGAUCGUUUAGGAACAUGGAUGCACGAUUUUGAGGCUUUCGAUGCAGCCCUCGAAGCCGGUAACGAAGCGAGCCGCACCCCUGGCGGCGGUGACUAUGCGGUGAGUUUCUCACGUAGUCUCGCGCUAGCCCUGAACGAGUUCUAUCAACAGGUCCCGUGCGUGUUUGUCAGCGCAACCACCGGCGAGGGUAUGGAUCGGCUCUUCGAAUCGCUAGAGCACGCGCGAGUCGAGUACGAGCGCAGCGAAUACCUCCAGCAAGUGCGUCAGCGGAAACGAGAACGUACAGCUGCUGAAGAACGCCGGCUGGAAAGGGAACGCCAUCGUUUUCGGGCUGCGCAUCGAUCGACUGGAGAUGGUGACAGCAACCAGGCGGGCGCCUCCGCCACGACAGAGGCCACGAGCCGUGAUCGUUUGCGCAUGCGUCUGCAACGUGCUCAGCGGAACGGGUAUCACGAGCACCAGGAUGCUUCCCCUAAUGAGGACGAGUCUGAAAUGCGCCGACUUGCUGAGCGCUUUUCGCGAACGGGCCCGCGCUCCACCUGA